CUCGCGGGCCGGCGUCUGACAGGCUGGGGUGGAGCUGGGGGAGGGGAGGAUGGGCGUGGGAGAGCGGACGGGGCGGGGGGCCCCGGCCGUCCUGGCGCGGGCGGCCGGAGGAGCUACUAAAUUUAGAUUUCGGAGAAGGCUGAGUGGUCUGAGGGUUGGUCGAAACUGCGUAGGGAUACCUCUGGCUCCAGUCUAAUUACCUGGGAUUUACCUGUACCCCUGUUCGGAAAAGCCAGGGACACCCUCUCAACUGAUGGCACACCCGAGCUCCAGCGCCCACUCGAGAGGACCCGGGGACAGUGAAACGGCUAUAUGAUCAUCUUUCUUUUCUCCCUUUUGGCAGAUUCACAUCACUCGGAUUCGGGCGAGUUUACUUUGCUCCGAGGGAACCUCACCAGAGCUGGAGGUCUGGAAAGAACUGUGUUUGGUAUGCAGAUAUGAUAGAAGACUGCCUGAAAGCUGCUUCCUUUGCCACUUCCUGUGGAGGCCUGUCUUUGCCAUUUGCGGUUUCUUUCUUUUGGUCAGCACCUUACAAGGACAUAGUGACCUGUCCAGGGGUGAAACUGGGAAAGAACCGAGCUUGUAUAUCAGAGAAACAUGUCCCGUAGGAAACAGACAAAUCCAAAUAAAGUUCACUGGGAUCAAGUAUUUGCUGGGCUAGAAGAACAAGCCCGACAGGCAAUGAUGAAAACCGACUUUCCUGGAGACCUUGGCAGUCAGCGACAAGCUAUGCAACAACUAAGAGAUCAGGACUCCAGUAGCAGUGAGUUCUGCACCUUCUGGUGACAGUGAAGGUGACGAAGAGGAGACCACACAAGAUGAAGUAUCUUCCCACACAUCAGAGGAAGAUGGUGGGGUAGUCAAAGUGGAAAAAGAAUUAGAAAAUGCAGAAGCACCUGUUGGUAGUGGGGACGCACUAGUAGAGCAUGAGGUCACAGAAAACCUAAAUUCUGACCCCUUACUUGAACUCUGCCAGUGUCCCCUCUGCCAGAUAGACUGUGGGAGUCGGGAGCAGCUGAUUGCACAUGUGUACCAGCAUACUGCAGCAGUGGUGAGUGCCAAGAGUUACAUGUGCCCUGUCUGUGGACGGGCCCUUAGCUCCCCAGGGUCUUUGGGUCGCCACCUCCUAAUCCAUUCAGAAGAUCAGCGGUCUAACUGUGCUGUGUGUGGAGCCCGUUUUACUAGCCAUGCCACUUUUAACAGUGAGAAACUUCCUGAAGUACUUAAUAUGGAAUCCGUACCCCAAGUCCAUAGUGAGGGUCCCUCCAGUGCUGAAGGAAAGGACAUUGCCUGUAGUCCUCCAGUAUACCCUGCUGGAAUUCUGCUUGUUUGCAACAACUGUGCUGCUUACCGCAAGCUACUGGAAACACAGACUCCCAGUGUACGCAAGUGGGCCCUUCGUCGACAGAAUGAACCUUUGGAAGUAAGGCUGCAACGACUUGAACGAGAACGCACAGCCAAGAAGAGUCGGAGAGACAAUGAGACCCCAGAGGAGCGGGAGGUAAGACGCAUGAGGGAUCGUGAAGCUAAGCGCCUGCAGCGCAUGCAAGAGACAGAUGAGCAGCGAGCUCGAAGGCUGCAGCGAGACCGUGAGGCCAUGAGGCUGAAGCGGGCUAAUGAAACCCCAGAGAAGCGGCAGGCCCGACUUAUUCGAGAGCGAGAGGCUAAGAGGCUCAAAAGGAGACUGGAGAAAAUGGACAUGAUGUUGCGAGCUCAGUUUGGUCAGGACCCUUCUGCCAUGGCAGCCUUAGCAGCUGAAAUGAACUUCUUCCAGUUGCCUGUGAAUGGGGUAGAGUUGGACAGCCAGCUUCUAGGGAAAAUGGCCUUCGAAGAACAGAACAACAGCUCUCUGCACUGAACCACACCCUCUUGCCUGACCUCCCAUCCACUCCAGCCCACGGGGAUUGGUACUGCAGUCACUCAGGAGGCCACAGUCCUUGCUGCCACAGGCAGGUCCCAGUUGGUUGCAGGGAAACCUGUGUACCCUCUGCAUUUGGGAACAGGAUGGGGUCAGGAGGGACCUGGCUCAAUGCAGCUCUGGACAAGGAGCAGGCACUCCAGAAACCUGGACUCUUCAGCCCACAGUGGCAGGCCAGGAUUAUGGGACUGAGGACCCAGUAUGGUCAUGAAGCUGUGAGGGCAAAUAAAUUAAUUUUAUCUUUCCUGGA